AUGACGAAUAGGUUUCAACCAUACCAGAGCGAGAUUGAUCAUGGCCAGUUUAUCGUCCAACCGAUAACUAUUCUUCGGACCCCUUCGAGGCUUAUGACCGCAUCACCCCGGCCUACUGAGACCGCGCAGUUCGCAGCGGCAUUAAGCCGAGCUAUUUGCACCCAUGUCGAGACGGCGCAGCGAAAGAUCGGGAGGCGUACGCAUGGUGCGGGCCUUGACUAUAUGGAGAAAUCCGAGUUGCUUCCCCUGCUCAAGGACAUCGGCCCUGGUGCUGGUGACUGGGAGACCAUCGAGGACCAAAGGUUCCUUGUGCUACAGCCACUGUUCCGCGCUGUAGCUAUCGUUCUACAUGCCAGGGAUUAUGAUGUCUUUAUCCAAGACAUCUCCCAAAUCCCCGUCCUACUCGUCCUAACUGGAAACGUGGAAGGCUUGAGUGCGCCAAUUGCAUUCGACCACAUUGCGGACCAGGUUGUCGUACACCACGACCACGCUGCAGACUCUGUCCAGGUCGCGGAAACGAGACUUUCCACCGCCGUCGGUUUCCUUAUGCACCUGGAGCAGCGGGAGCUGGCAGCGUUCAGGCCAAACCCAGACCCUUGUGCCGGGGCCGGGCGGUUGUCGGCUGUUGAAACGGCGGGACAAGUAUUUGGUCGGGCGUCUAGGAUUGUGUACCGAAGGGAGGGGGGGAGUCAUUCGUCCGCCCUGGGGAGCGAGAACUAA